AUGUUUGAAAAGUCAUCGCCGACUACUGGUAAAACAAAGAUGGCUCUAUUUCGGUUAAAGACGAUAUUCCCGUUGCUCGCGCUGGUGACGAUUGGAAUCUUCUUCUUUUGUAUGGAACGCUACGACCGGUCAGCAUUCCUGCGAUUCAAGCACCCCGUUGAUCGAUCCGGGCUUGGAAACAACAAGGCGCCUCAAGCACAAACAACCCCGCAGUCUAGUUCGCAAACCGCAGCUCACACUGCCUGCGAAGCUGACCCCAAACUCGCCGCUCCCCUGCCUUUCCCUGAAUGGCUUCCUCGCAAGAACUACACCCGCGCCUACUUCCGUCCUCGUCAUGUGAACCCUCGUACCGAGUUCCAUACCCUGGAGGAAAUUGAGAAGCCCGUUCUCCCACCCAUGGUUGUUAUGGAGCGUGGCAUGGUCGUGUCCCCCGAGAACAAGGAGGAGAACUUGGUCUGCCCGGAAAUUAUCGAAGUUGAUGUGGCUGCUGAUGAUGACGUCGAAGAAACCUCCAAGCUUCUGUUUGGUCUGGCUACUACCGUCGAUCGUCUGGACCGUCUCCUCCCCUCUUUGCUAUACUCCUACGGAAACACCAAGGCCGGCCUGAUUGUUCUAGUCCCCGAGUCUGAUGAUGAUCUGGAGAAGCAGGAGACCUACUUCCGUAACCGCGGUUUGGACUUGACCCUCAAGGCCUCACCCCUCGACUUUACUGCGCGUUACUUCGGCAUGGUCGAGGCUUUCAGUGAGCACAUUCGCAAGCACCGCCCACACACCACCUGGGUUGGAUUUAGUGACGACGAUACCUUUUUCCUCUCCCUCCCCACCAUUGCCGAAGAACUCAAGCUCUUCGAUGAGAAGAGGAGGCAUUACAUUGGAUCUCUGUCUGAAGCCAGCUGGCAGGUGGACACUUUCGGCCACAUUGCCUUCGGUGGUGCCGGUGUAUUUGUCUCGAAGCCUCUCCUCGAUGUUCUGAUGAACCACUACGACGAAUGCCAGUCUUGGGGCGAGCAGCCCGGUGACCAGAAGCUUGGCCAGUGUAUCCAGCGCUUCGGUGAUACCCCCCUGACUUUGUGGCCCUCGCUUUACCAGAUGGAUAUGGCCGAUCCCGUGGACGGUGUUUACGAAUCCGGUCGUAAGAUUGAAUCCAUGCACCACUGGAACAGCUGGUACAGCAAGGAUGUGGUCAAAAUGACCACCGUUUCCGCUGCUGCGGGCCGCAAGUCUGUUCUACGCCGCUGGGUGUUCGACCAAGAGGAAACCGUUAACAGCGUUACCGGAGAGACUCUGCGUCAUUUCUGGGUCAUGACCAACGGUUACUCUCUAGUGAAGUACACAUAUGAUGAGUCCGUCGCGGAUGAUGCCAUCAACUUCGAUGCCACUGAGAAGACAUGGCCUGAAGACCCUCGUGGUUACGAAGAUCGUCUGGGUCCCCUGCGUCCCGCAGAGGAAGAUGGCAUCGCCAAGGACCGGUGGUUGUUGCGUGAUGCAUUCGUGGUUGGUGACAAUGUUCACCAGUUCUAUGUGCGUGAGGAAGAUGAGGGCCACAGCGUGAUUGAGAUUGUCUGGCUCGGUCCCAAGGGCGGCGGUGGCGGUGGUGUGAGCGAUCAUUACCUUCGCGGCACUUACCAGCAAUAG